GGUGCACUAUACGGCAAGACUCACCGCACAAAAGACAUCGACGAAGGCGUCAAGCUCGGCCUCUCUCUUCCAUCAAAAUGUCCGUCAACAACAAGAUUUUGCGCACCGCUAACGCGCCCACUACCGCCCCCGAUGAGACUGAAACCAGCGUCGCUCAAGCUUUGAUUGACCUCGAGAACAACGUCCCCGAACUCAAGACUGAGCUACGUGCCUUGCAGAUUUCUGCAGCCCGUGAAGUUGAUGUGCGAGGUGGCAAGAAGGCCAUCGUCGUAUUUGUGCCUGUCCCACAAUUGAAGGCGUUCCGCAAGGUCCAGCAGAGACUCACCCGAGAGUUGGAGAAGAAGUUCUCAGACCGACAUGUUGUAUUCGUUGCUCAGCGCCGGAUGCUCAGCAAACCUACCCGUAACUCGCGCGUGAAGCAGAAGAGGCCUCGUUCUCGCACUCUCACCCACGUCCACGAGAAGAUCCUUGAGGAUCUCGUGUUCCCUACGGAGAUUGUUGGCAAGAGGACUCGGGUAGCGGUCGACGGAUCCAAGCUGUUGAAAGUGAUCCUCGACUCGAAAGAUGCUACGUCACUCGAGUACAAGCUUGAUUCGUUCUCGUCUGUGUACCGCCGCCUGACAGGGAAGGAUGUGGUGUUCGAGUUCCCACCUGUGGUCCAGGAGUAGAGGAUACAGAGCUGGCACGGCUUUUCAUGACAUGUCACCCCUUACUGCAUUUCACCAAAAUAUAUGGCCAUGCCCGUUAUGUGCUACUCUGAGGAGGUGCCAUGA